AGUUUAACCAACUAACAACUCCAACACCCACUCCAUAAUGAUAUAUUUCUCUCUCUCUUUCUCUGAUACCAAACUUGGGUUUGGGUCGAGCGUACAUUUCAUCACAUAAAUCAUUCUAGCUUAUUCCUAAAGCCAACUGGGUUCGAUAUAACUUAUACCCAUUUUUCUGGUUUCCUUGCUAUCUCUUAAGAUCAACGCAUAAUAUUAGUACUGUAUCUCAGCUAGCUAGCUAGCUUUGUAGUAGCUCCGUACGCGCGUUUUCUUGCUGUUUUAUUGUUUUGGUACUUCUAUGAAGCUGGGAUGAGAGAUCGUGCAGAAAGAUUUGCAGUUCUUCCUUUCUCAGUUGGCUGCACUUCAGAGUCCAGCGUUGCUCUAGGCGCCUCAGCUAAACAGAAGAAACCAAAACCAGAAUCAAAUCGGCCUCCUCUAAUGAGAAGAGAAGAAGGAGAAGAUCAAGAAAGGCCAUCCAGAUCAAAAAUGAAGAAUUCUUUUGGUUUUCUGGCUCUACCAAAGCCGAACAUUGCUGGUGGGAUACAGCGAGUGUUCAGAAGCAUCAAAAGUUUUUCUCAAUUCUUUGUUUACAAGGAAGAGAAUGAAGAGAUGGAAAAGGAGAUGGAGAUUGGAUAUCCAACAGACGUGAAACAUGUCACACACAUAGGGUUGGACGGGUCAACGACAACAAACCCAGCAAAGGGUUGGGAAAAUCUGACAGCUCCUGAAAUUAUUUCUUUCCCUUCAAUUUCUUUGAGGCAGUUCGAGUUCGCCAUGGCAGCACAGGCUGAUCACGAACCUGAUGAUCUCGUACUUAAUCAUGUCGUUGCUCCUAAUUGAUGAAAGUUUAGUUAAAAUGAUUGAUUAUUUUGACUGCAAAAAAAAAAGGUAUAAAGAUGAUGAUCAUGAUGAUUAGGUACUGAGUGGUGAAGACAAGUCUUUAUAAUAUUGGAUUGAAAACUUAUAUUGGUGAUAACCAUAUAUAUUGCAUGUGUGCUAGCUAGCUUUGUAUACGUACAGUCUGAAAAAAUCACAUCCAAAACAACGUUUCGGUUUUUGACGUUGUUCA